AUGAAAAAAGUUGAUGGAUACAAAAUAUACCAGUUCCCAUCAAAUAGACCUGUUAAAGCUUGCAUAUUAAUAAAAGAAAAUUCAUUUAGCACUCUUGGCAUCUCAGAAUACUCCAACUCUAACUGUUCCAUAGUACAAAUAAACAAGGCUGGCAAACAUAUCUACCUCCUUAGUGUAUAUAUAGAACCACGUAGUGAUAUAUAUGAUACCAUGAAUCAACUCAAACUAUUUCUAGAGAAAACUAAAGAUGCGCGUCACAUAAUUAGAGGUGACUUCAACGGCUGGCACUGCCUCUGGAACUCCAAAUUAAAUAACAAAAGAGGGAACACAAUAGUCAAUUUUAUACAUACUAAUGACCUAGAAGUUUGCAAUCAGGGCAAUACGCCCACUUUUGAAACUACUACACAUGGUGUACACAGAGACUCAAUUAUUGACCUUACACUAACCAGUAACUCCCUAGUAAACCAUGUUAUUGAUUGGAAAGUUAAUCUUGAAAUAUGCCCCUCUUCAGAUCAUAAUGGUAUUGAAUUUAAAUUACUUUUAGAUGAUCAUAGCAUAAAGAAAAAUAAAAAACUGUCAACUUAUAGAUACCACACUACCCGCAUAAAUUGGGACACAAUAGAAGAAAUAUUCAAAAAAGAAAUUGACAAAGCCCUUCCAAUACAAGAUAAUAUAAAUAAAUUAGAUACAGUGCAACUAGAAAGUUUUAUAGUUAACAUGACACUUGCAAUACAAAAUGCAUGCGAUCUAAUUCUGCCUCGUGCUCGAAGCAAAAAAUCACAAAACCCUUGGUGGUCCACAGAAUUAGAGAAUAUGAAAAAGGAGCUCAUAAAAAAACACCACACAAUUCAUCAACUCAAGCGUCGAGGCCUAUCACUAACGGAAGCACUUGAUGAGCGUAACAAAUUGAAAGCAGAGUAUACUGAAGCAUUAAAAAACGCCUCCAUCUCGAAUUUUAAAGAAUUCUGUAACAAACAGGGCAAAGAUGAUGUCUGGUCACUGACCAAUAAAUUACUUAAAACUAAACCUUUAACUCAACCACCAUCGACAGUAAAAUUAAAAAACGGUUGUUACACUGUAAAUACUACCGAGGCGGCAAAUGUAUUUCUAAAUGUAACUUCCCCGAUGAUACACCUGAUUUGA